CCGCCCUCACCGGCCCCGCUCCUCGCCUCGCCUCGCCGCCAUGCCGCUGUGGGGCUGGAGCCUGCUGCUGGCGGCACUGCUGCCCGCCGCCGCCACAGCCGCCCCCCCGCCGCCGCCCGCCUGCCCGGAGCGCUGCGAGCGGUCCCGCUGCCCGCCUCUGCCCUCCUCCUGCCCCGGCGGGGCCGUGCUGGACGGCUGCGGUUGUUGCCGCGUCUGCGGGGCCGAGGAGGGCGAACCCUGCGGCGGGCCCGGCGGGGGCGGGGGGGGACCGCCUUGCGGUGAGGGGCUUGAGUGCGUCGUGACCCCCGGCGGCGGCGUGCCGGCUUCGGCCACCGUCCGCAAACGGGCGGCCGCCGGGCGCUGCCUGUGCUCCAGCAGCGAGCCGGUUUGCGGUAGCGACGCCGUUACCUACGCCAGCCCUUGCCAGCUGCGGGCCGCCAGCCGCCGCGCCGAGCGGCUCCGCCAGCCGCCCGUCAUCGCCAUCCAGCGCGGAGCCUGCGGGCAGGGCCAAGAACAUCCUAAUAGCCUGCGGCACAAAUACAACUUUAUUGCAGAUGUGGUGGAGAAGAUAGCUCCUGCUGUGGUUCACAUUGAAUUAUUUCGCAAACUUCCUUAUUCGAAGAGGGAGAUUCCUGUUGCCAGUGGUUCAGGGUUCAUUGUCUCAGAAGACGGACUGAUAGUGACAAACGCCCAUGUCGUCACCAACAAAAACCGCGUGAAGGUGGAGCUGAAGAAUGGUGAAACAUAUGAAGCUAAAAUUAAAGAUGUUGAUGAAAAAGCUGACAUUGCACUAAUUAAAAUAGAUUCUCAGGGUAAAUUGCCAGUUCUUCUGCUUGGUCAGUCUGCAGACUUGAGGCCAGGAGAAUUUGUGGUCGCGAUUGGAAGUCCAUUUUCGCUUCAAAACACAGUGACUACAGGGAUCGUUAGUACCACUCAGCGUGGAGGGAAGGAGCUGGGGCUCCGCAACUCCGAUAUGGACUAUAUUCAGACUGAUGCCAUCAUCAACUAUGGAAACUCCGGAGGACCCCUAGUAAAUCUGGAUGGUGAAGUCAUUGGAAUUAAUACAUUAAAAGUUACAGCAGGGAUCUCGUUUGCUAUCCCAUCGGAUAAAAUAAAAAAGUUCCUAACUGAAUCCCAUGACAGACAAGCUAAAGGAAAAGCUAUAACCAAAAAGAAAUACAUUGGCAUACGAAUGAUGUCCCUGACUCCCAGGAGAAAACAGGACCAUAUGUUUUCAAGAAUUACAGCAGCUACCAAAGCUAGAGAGCUGAAGGAUCGCCAUAAAGACUUUCCUGAUGUUGUCUCUGGGGCCUAUGUUAUUGAAGUAAUUCCAGAAACACCAGCUGAAGCUGGUGGCCUGAAGGACAACGAUGUGAUUAUAAGCAUCAAUGGACAGUCGAUAAGUUCAGCCAGUGAUGUCAGUGACAUUAUUAAAAAGGACAGUACGUUGAACAUGGUUGUACGCAGGGGCAACGAAGAUGUUAUGUUAACAGUAGUUCCUGAAGAAAUCGAUCCCUAACCAGAAACAUGAGCUGGAUUUCAUGUUUUCUUUUAACAGCAUUGGACUGCUUAUAUUCUCUCUGUGCUGGUACAGGAAACGUUAGACUUCUGACCAACAUUCUGCUUGUUCAGUGGAUUAGUAUUGGCCAACAGAGUAACUUCUAAUAGGUUUAAGGUGCAAAAUCAGUGUAAUUUCACAUACUCCAGAUGAUAAUUUUUUUCCUUCUGUAUUAUGUAUGCAAUGUAUUCUUUACUGGCUGUUACAUUCCCCGCUUAACAAAUCGACGUUUGCUUCCCUGUGUUGAAUAGAUUUACCAUUAUUUCCGCUAAGAUUUAAACAAAACCCACGCACACAAUGUGUGUUGUGGUAUUCAGGUAUUUAUAGGUUAGCUGUGUUUUAACUGGAAAUACCAUUGUAAAGGAGUAGUUGGUUUAAAAGAAAACACAAUUGGGGGAAAAAAAGUUUGGUUUAUAAACACAAAGAAAUCCCAACCAAAAUAACCUUUUGAGGAUCCCGUGCAGGAUUUUAAUACUAUGAUAUUUUCCUAGUGUUAUUAAAAGAAUUCAACAGUA